CACCACAGCAAAGGAGGGAGCAAGAAUAAUAUCAACAACCUGAGUUACAACUCAGGCAAACUUCUCUGGGGCUGCAACUGAUAAAUUUUAUAAGCUAUUUAUGUCCGACGAAAUGCCUUAGUAACACCCGGUACGUUAUGGGGGUGGUAUUUUACAGUGCGUUGCUGAAGCGAGGUGUUUAUUUGCUCAAACUUAGUGGCUACUUUAGCCACUUAGAGUAGCCCACUUAGCUAACUUUGUGUUAGCUAAUUAGCAUGAAGUCGUUUGGACAGCCUCAGUAAACAAACCACCGUGUACUAUGUGGAAAUACUGCUCAGAGCCCAGUUUUAACAAGGUUGCAGGUGUAGCCGGACUGUCCGCUGGUUGCCUUUGACGCAUCUGUAGUGUUUAUGUGCCGCUGAUACAGCACGGUUCGCUUGCAAUGCUCCUGCAGCUGCUUCCACCUGUCAACUAGCUGGCUCAUCUCUUCCUGUCUCCCGACGUCUGGUUCCCCAAUGGCUCACUGCGGCUCCGCGGAGACGAGCUCAAAGUUACCGACACCGCGUCCGGACAGCGGCGCGGUCAUCAUACCGUCGCAGGGUAGCGUCGACCAGAGCAUGAAGCCGGUGUUGUUCGAGAUCUUCGGCGAGAUAUGGACCGUCCAAUCGCGUCUCGGCCAGGGAGUCUCGGCCUCCGUGUACCGGGUCAGCUCCGGCAGAGCCACCACGGCCGCGGUGAAGGAGUUCCAGGCCGACACUCAGGGAGGAGAUUACGGGUAUCACAAGGAGAGGUCCGUGCUGGAGGACAUCCAGGGUCAUAAAAACAUAGUGACUCUGUAUGGAGUGUUCACCAACCACAGUUGUAUGGGGGUUGCCACUCGCUGUCUCCUGUUGGAGCUGUUGGAUGUCAGUGUGUCUGAGCUGUUGGUGAGAGGCAACACAGGUACUCAGGGUGGGAGACCUCAGCAGGGCCACUCCAUGUGGCUUGUUCAGCACUGUGCCAGAGACAUCCUGGAGGCCCUCGCCUUCCUUCACAGAGAAGGGUACGUCCACGCUGACCUAAAGCCACGCAACAUCCUCUGGAGUGCUGACGACGAGUGCUUUAAACUCAUCGAUUUUGGCCUCAGCUUCAAAGAAGGAAACCAGGACGUCAAAUAUAUUCAGACAGAUGGGUAUCGUGCUCCAGAGGCUGAGCUGCAGAACAGCCUCGCACAGGCCGGGGUGGAAGUAGAAGGGGACUCAGGAUGCACGGCUGCCGUCGACCUGUGGAGCCUGGGCAUCAUCCUGCUGGAGAUGUUCUCAGGAAUCAAACUCAAAGACACCCUCCGCUCACAGGAGUGGAAGGAUAACAGUGCUGCCAUUAUAGACCAUAUCUUUGCCAGCAACAGUCUGGUAUGCCCUGCCAUCCCUGUCUAUCACCUCAGAGACCUUAUCAAAAGCAUGCUUCUCAACAACCCAAAGCAAAGAUGCACAGCUGAAACUGCCCUCCUGAGUCCGUUCUUCAGCAUUCCCUUUGCUCCUCAUAUUGAAGACCUGGUUCUGCUGCCCUCUCCUGUCCUGCGUCUGCUAAACCUGAUUGAUGACAGUCAUUUGCACAAUGAAGAUGAGUAUGAAGACAUCCUGGAGGACAUGAAAGAGGAGUGCCAGAAGUACGGCUCAGUGGUUUCCCUGCUCAUACCCAAGGAGAACCCAGGCAAAGGACAGGUGUUUGUGGAAUAUGCCAACUCCAGCGACUCCAAAGAGGCUCAGAGGCUGCUAACAGGCCGCACUUUCGAUGGGAAGUUUGUGGUAGCCACCUUCUACCCUCUCAGCGCUUACAAAAGAGGUUACCUGUACCAGACUGUGCAGUGAAGUCCUGAAGUUCAGUUUACAUCUCGGCAUGAAAAAUAAAACAAAAGCAGCUGUGUAGGGCAUUACAGGGAGGAAGAGAUUCUUCCCCUUAAAAUAAUUACAAAAAAUACAAUCAUAAGUAGUUGACCUGCAGUUAAACUUCUAUAUGAGUGUACUUAAUGUUCUGCAUGUUAUCCAUGUGGUUUCCUACAGUAAAUCUGUGUGUCAUGCAGGGUGUAAAUUGAACUAAGCUGUGAGGAGCAUAUUCCUACGUUUGUUUGUGCCACCUCCAGUUUGACUGCUAGUCUUAAAAUCCUCAGAGCCUCAGGUUUCAAACUGACCUGGGGACAGCAGCUCCUGUCUAAGCUUCCAUUUCACUCGUAUAGUUGUAGGGUUUAGCACACCGGUGAAUGUAUAAUGGGACAGAAAUGAUGAGGGUUGCAAGAACAAAAGCAUGUAAACAAAUGCACAUCUGAAGAGAUCAGAUCAGUAAUUCGAGGAUGAAGUUUGCGAACACUCACUUUUGAUUCCAUCCAAAUAGUAGCCUUUCUGUAUUAUUUUACAGUCCAAAUACUUUUUUACAGCACGGGUGUGAUGAGGAACCUGUAGCAGGGUAAAUCCUGAUGACAAAAACGCCCUGAUAAUCAUCCACAGAUUAUCCUGAGAUGUCCUGUGGAGAAAGCCAGUGUCCAACACUGAUGUUAAGUGAAUAAUAAGAAUGAUUUUAUGAUUGUUAUCUAUUUAUAUUUGCAUUGCAUAUUCUUUUAUAUAGAGGAAACCAUGUGGUACAAGGGCAUGUACAGGUAUUCUUUGCUGGCUCUUCAGAUAGUCUUCAGGGAGAAAUGGUUUGGAGUGGCCUAUCUAAUAUUCACUCAUUCAUUCUGUACCAGCUUCUGAGCAAAGCAGAGAGCCCCUAAUGCCCUAUUCCUGUAGCCUUAUGCCUUGUAGUUUUUAUUUACUAAAGCCUGAACACUCAUUUAUAUCAUAACAUCACUAUGCUGCCAUUUAUGAGUGAACAUUUAGGGCGUGUGAAUUUGUCAUUGCACAGUAAAAACAACAGAAAAUGGAGCUUGAGACUAGUGUAUGAAUAUGUUGUCCUUAAGAACAAUAGAACAAAAAGAUGAGCACUACACACACAUUUGGCUGAAGUUAUAAGUAGCCAAGUGGAGUAUGAAUAAAAUAUAUUAUUAUGUUGCUAAUGAUAUUAACUGCAGUCUAAAGCCGAUGCCUGAUUCUUCUGCCUCAUGUUUCAGUUUGUACAUUAGUCACCCAGAUGAAUAUGGCGAGUUCUUAUGAAAGGACUGCAGCACCUGAACUAUUAGACUAAACUGCUGAGGCAUACUGUUUACAUUAUUGUUCCAGAGCUUUUAGUGUAUGUCUGCAACUUUAUGUGCAGAGAUGUAUUCAGAAGUAUACCUUAAAGCUGCAGUGCUUGAUAGUUUUUUGGCAUCAUGUCUCUUGCAUUUUGUCAUUGAAGUGACCUGAGAGGACAUGAGACCUCUGCUUCUGCUCCUUACCUGUGUUUUCAGACUGUAGAAGUUCAACCACCGUGAUGCCCAGACUUUGGCUAUUCACAGGUGUGAUUAGGGACACUGUGUUGGACUCUGUGUUGAUUCACUUUUCCAUAAUGGCCUGAAAUGACAUCAGGUCUGUAUUUGUAUUUAUAUUUUAGUCUUUUAAGUUGAUCAGAGAUGAGAGAGCUGCACAAGGGAGGUGUGCAGUUUCACAUUAUGGCUCCUGAUUUCGGCUUCUGAAACUCUAAAAUACAGUCGCAGAAGAAAUUACUAGACCAUCAAAAGUCAGCAAAAACAAUGGUUAUGCAAUUAAGUACUAACUCCUGUGUGUAUCAUGUGACUAAAACAGACAGAAAAGAAAACAUGGAAUGCCUAAAAGCACUG